AUGGUCUCCAUUUCUGUCAUGCAGCGACACUGCGUAAGCAUCGAGUGUAGACACAUCUAUAUCCGACACUGUGAGGAUGCAGGGACCCACAAAAGCAAUGGAAUGGCCAUGGUUCAGCUGAUCAAUGCAGCUCUUGCUGAGAACUCAUCCCAUCCUGAACCAGGCCCAAAUGAGGUACUACUGAAGAUGCAUUCUGUUGGAAUCUGCGGCUCAGAUGUCCACUACUGGCAGCAUGGACGAAUUGGGAAUUUUGUUGUGGAAAAACCCAUGGUGCUAGGGCAUGAAGCUUCGGGAACUGUCGCAAAAGUGGGAUCAUUGGUGAAGCACCUCAAACCAGGUGAUCGAGUUGCCAUUGAACCUGGGGCUACCCGAGAAACCGAUGAAUUCUGCAAGAUUGGCCGGUACAAUCUGUCACCCACCAUCUUCUUCUCUGCUACACCCCCUGAUGAUGGGAACCUCUGCAGGUUCUACAAGCACAAUGCAGACUUUUGCUACAAGCUUCCUGACAAUGUCACCUUUGAGGAGGGGGCCCUGGUUGAGCCACUGUCAGUGGGGAUCCAUGCCUGCAGGCGAGCUGGAGUCACCUUGGGGAACAAGGUCCUUGUGUGCGGAGCUGGGCCAAUAGGGCUGGUCAGUUUGCUUGUGGCCAAAGCAAUGGGAGCAGCUCAAGUAGUGGUGACUGAUCUGUCGUCUUCUCGAUUGUCCAAAGCCAAGGAAGUUGGGGCUGAUUUAGUCCUCCAGGUCUCCAAGGAGACCCCUCAGGAGGUCGCCAGUAAAGUGGAAGGUCUGCUGGGGUGCAAGCCGGAUGUCACCAUUGAGUGCACCGGGGCGGAAACCUGCAUCCAGGCUGGCAUCUACGUGAGUGGGACACGGGCAGCUUUGGGGAACCGGAGGAGGGGAGUGGACAGGGCAGAAGUAAGGAGUUCCCGGAUCAAGCCUUUCCACUGCCUGCUGUGUACAACUGCCCCUCCAGCAGAAUUGAUCCUUCUCUUGGCUCCCUGUUCUCUUACCUCUCGUGUACCUCACAUUGUCAUUGGGUUAUCUUGAUGUUCAAAGAAGAUAACAAAUACACAUGGGCCUUGAAAAAUGCUAAGUGGCCCACACCUUUGGGAUGGGAUUGCUUUCAUGAUUGUAUCUGCAAUCAUAAAAGUGUAAUGCUUUUGGUAAGACAACAGGAAGAACUGGUAACCACGCCUCCCUUGAAUGGGGGGAAAUCCCCUCUUUUAUUAGGGAAAUCUGGGGUCUUUGAGUCACAAUGCAAAAUGACAGCUAUGGAUUUAGUUAGUCUCAAAGGUGAGGUGAUUUUUCAGGGUCACGGCUGGCUACUGCUGUGCUCCCUCCCAGAGCUUGGGGUAGGGCUGCCAGUGCCUGAUUUGCUCCCCAGCUGCCCACCAGCGACUUAUGGGAAGUUGGCAGGGAGUUACGGGUGGGAGGAGGAGUGGCAUUGACAGGUCAAAGUAUGAGGAAAAGAGGGGGAAAAGCAUAACUUGUAGGUUCUGAGCCCUACUGUAUGUCAGGUGCUCUGCUGGGCACUUUGUAAACAUGAUGCCUAAUCUGCACAAUAGCUCUGAAAAUCAGUUAUCAUUUUACACCAGGAGAGUUGUGGUUUGCUUGAGGCAAGUCACCAUGACCUUAACCUCUGCCUCCAGCAAACCGCCAUAAGUGGGGUUGGGCUCAGGCCAGCCCUGCCUGGCCCCAGGGCCUGAGCUUCCCCAACUGUCUGCUUAGGAGUUGAGCCCCAGCCACAGCUGUGCAAGGGUGGGAAGGGCUGGGCAGGGGUGGGGAGCAGGCAGCUGCCACCACAGGGGACUCCCACCCCUGCCUCCCAGGCAGCAUCCCACAGCAGCCUGGGCUUCCUCCUUCCUUCUGAGUCACAGCUGGCUCAUGCUCGAGGACACUCCGCAGUACUCAAGGCCAUCCGGGCACGCUAGCCCUCGAGCUGUGUGGCACACCCUCAGGCCUGGCACCCUCAGGGCUGCCUGACCUCCUCCUACCAAGGUGUCCAGUGGCGCUAGGGGCUGAGGAAGUGGUAGACUUUGGGGAGCAGGUGACACUUUGGCCCUGUCCUGAGUUUCAGCUGGAGUCACAGACAGUGGCCACCAUGUGGGAAGGGGCGAGGAGAACCCAAAACUGAGAGAGGCAUGGUGGAUCUGUGUGUGAUCUAUUUACCCAUGCCACGUCAUGGACACCCGCAGUGUGCCAGGCUCUGUACUGGGCACUCUGAGGGCUGUGGCAACUAUGAGUGAGGUGUGCCUGCUUCUUUCAAGUUGUUGGUUGGUAGGUCAGUGACCUCCAUUCCACAGAGAGGCAGUAUAAGGCGAAGGACUUAAAGGACAUAUUUUCCUUCCUCUUCUGCCCUUCCCUUCGAGCAUUUGGAACAGUUGUCAUCUCCAGCUGUUGACGAUUGGGGCUCAGUUGCCAGGUACUGGAGCUGGGUGUGGAGGUGAAUGUGACCCAAGGGCCUCACCAGGCCUGAAGUAGCAUCUCUCCUGACGUGGGGAGUGGAGCAUUCAUGCAUGAUAGGUGCUGUAGAAUGCUACAGGCCAACAACGGGCAGGUCAGGCAGAAGCACCAAAUAUGGGCAUAUCUGAGCAUCACCUUUGGCCCAGGUAAUGAAAGGAUAGUGUUUACAUGGAGACAUGGCUGUUGCCUUGGGCCCAAAUUGAUGUCAUCUCCUUGGUAGGGAGGCCACACCCACAGGAUGAUGGCCAGGUAGCCUGACCAUUCCGUGGCCGUGGUCAGCAAACUGCUGGCCUCCUGGCAGCUCAGGAUGUCCAGUUGGUGGUGUUCCUCCUCCUCCCCAGGUAGAGAGGGAGUGCGAGUGGGGAAACGGUGCCCCUAGAAAACUGGCAGAGAGGGCAAGACCCGGGCACCACAGUUCAAAAGGAGCAAUGGAGGGAGUCCCCCACACUACCCAUGCCCUAAGUUUUGCCUCUUUGCCUUGCACUGCAGGGCUCUCCCUACGGCGUAUGCUUCCUCCCAGAGAGGGGGCUGUGACCGGUGCCUUUUCGCAGCCCCACCGUUUAGCUCUUGGAAUAUUCCCCGUAAGUGGUUGCUGCUGCUGCUGACUAUACUGAAAACAGCAUGGACGAAUCACCCAUUUUUCUGUUUCUCACGACUUUGAGCACAGUGAUACCCAGAAAGCUCUGGAGCAGGGACAGCAUUCACGUGGGAUUAUGUGGAAAUCAUAGGAGAAAUAUCACCGCCACCCCUGAGGGAAGCAACAAGGCACAUAAACAUUCCAGGAAGACAAAAUCCAUUAUGAUUGGGAUGAACAUCUGUGGAACAGAAAUAUUUCUAGCUGCCCACCUGCACAU